AAGGAAGCAUUUUGGCCCCUUAAUGUCCUCUUAACGCAUAAAAUACCCACGCGUGUGGGGUCUUUACAUACCCUGGGAUUGUUUGAAUAAUUACGGAAUGGAAUCUGCACAUGAAUGCAAUGUUUCUAAUGCAAAGAUAUUCAAUGACCCAAUCCAUGGUCAUAUUUCACUGCCCCCUCUGCUUAUCAGAAUUAUUGACACCCCGGAGUUCCAGCGUCUGAGAUAUAUUAAACAGCUGGGAGGAGGAUACUAUGUGUUCCCAGGAGCCUCUCACAACAGAUUUGAGCAUUCCAUUGGUGUUGCACACUUGGCAGGAUGUUUUGCGGAAACACUGAAAAAUAACCAACCAGAACUGGGAAUAGACGACCGGGACGUUUUGUGUGUUAAAAUUGCGGGCCUGUGUCAUGACCUGGGUCACGGAGCCUUUUCUCAUUUAUUCGACAUGAAGUUUAUGAAAAAAGUUCGUCCAGAAAGAAAGUUUGUGGCAAGUAGUUUAAAUGGUUUAAGUUUUGUGUUUAAAUAA